AAAUCUACUUCCAAAACCGGUCAAAACAUAAACAUACAAAACUUUGCCCAAAAACACGUGCUGGCUCGCUUUAUUCUAGUUUAAAAUGCAGUUUUUGUUUGAAACAAGCUGAAAACCAAGUGAAGAACAAUCGUAAACUACAAUUCCUAGCGGUCCAACACCUUUUUCCUUCCAAACGAGCCAAUAAUCGCCGUAUCGCACAAUGAAUCUGCUACCCAAAAGUACGGCCGACUUUGGAUCGACCGAGUAUUGGAACAGCUUUUUCCGCAAGCGUGGUAAGCAAGCGUUCGAAUGGUACGGCGAAUAUCCGGAGCUGUGCGAUCAGCUGCACCAGUACAUCAAAGUGAAGGAUGAAAUCCUUGUGGUCGGUUGCGGUAAUUCGAAGCUUAGCAUGGACCUGUACGAUGUGGGCUUCAAAAAAAUCACCAACAUCGACAUAUCGCCCGUAGUCAUUAAACAGAUGCAGGAAGCAAACCGUACCACACGGCCCGAAAUGGCCUGGAACCAGAUGGAUGCUACCGCCAUGACCUUCCCGGACGAAACAUUCUCCGUCGUGCUGGACAAGGGUACGCUCGAUGCACUGUUCACCGACGAAUCGGCCGAGGUGGUUUCGGUCGUACAGAAAUACUUUACCGAAAUUGGUCGCGUACUACGGGGUGCCGGGCGGUACGUUUGCAUUUCGCUCCUCCAGGAACACAUCCUUCGAAAGGUGGUAGAUUAUUUCCCCUCGGCACACUUUAUGCUCCGGAUCGUACGCUGUCCCGAAGCAGGCAAAGGCCAUGCGGCAGAAGACACUCCCAACGCGGACGGCUCAUCAUUGGUGGUAUUUGCAAUUGUAGCGACAAAGCUGAAAAACAUCCCGAUGCGCGUCCUCGAACUUGGACUGGACGGUAAUCACAUCGAGCGUGUGCAGCGUCCCGAGGAGCUAAUGGCGGGAGUAGCCGCAGCCCAAAAAGCGGCCAUGGUUUGUAACGGGUUGGCACGAGGCAGCAUCGCCGGUAUGGCGGAAGUUUCGCUGGAUCUGUUUUCUCCCAGUGAGAAGCAACAGCCACGCUACACUAUUCACGUGCUGGAUCAGGCACCCAAACGAGGGAAUGGAAAGUAUGCCGCUUUCAUCGUUCCGCAGGGUCGGGAAACGGAAUGGCUUUUUGCAACACCGGCCGGACGAAGGAAAUUGCAAGAAUCGGCAAAGUUUGAUCGUCUCGCGAUCGUUACCCUUCACCGAGGGCACGUUUACAGCGAUCUGGAGGCAGUGAAAACGGAGCUAGGGGAAAGCGUAAAAUCUCUCGCGCCUAAUGGCCUCCAAGGCGCCUCGAUACCGUACCUUUCCAUCGGUGCUGAGGUUGGUCGCCGUGAAACGAUCCACACCGGGCGCAGUGAACUGUCCGGAGAGUACGUGGUGGAAGAGAUCGCCGGUGACAACGGACGUCUCUUCCGGAGGCUCAUAUUUCUUUCCAACCAAUCCGUUGUCCAGUCGGAAGCGGCACUCAAGAUGGCUCGUGUGCGUGGAAGCCGAGCGGCCCAGAAGGUGAUCGAUCCGGGUUAUCUUGCCUGUCAGCAUCAUCUGUUCAUGACGGUGGGCGUACAGCUUGCGGCCAACAUGACCAGCCCAAGCAAACCGUGCCCCGUAGCCGUGGUUGGGCUCGGAGGCGGCGGUCUUUGUACGUUUAUCCGUGAGUGUCUUAAAAACACCACCCUAACGGCAAUCGAAAUCGAUCCGGAAAUUGAACAGAUUGCGGUCAAAUACUUCGGUCUAACACUGGACCAACGUUUGCGGGUGGUUAUUGCUGACGGAGUUCAAUUUCUAGCGGACGAAGCGGCCCGUGGUGCGCACUAUUCCGCGCUCCUGUUCGAUGUCGACAGUAAGGAUCCGAGCGUGGGCAUGAGCUGUCCACCGGCAGCCUUCGUAGAGCGGACUGUACUGGCCAAUGUGCGGAAAAUUAUCGGCGACACGGGACUGUUUGUGCUGAACCUGGUGUGCCGUAACGAUAGUCUCCGCGAGACGACGGUUGAAGCGCUAAAGCAAACGUUCCGCUACGUGCUGUCGUAUCAGCUCGAGGAGGAUGUGAAUGAAAUUUUCUACUGCACGGAUAACGAGCGGCUGAAGGAGGUGACCAACUGGCAGGAACUGCUGCGAACGGCGGCCGACGACGUGAACAAGCUGGCACGGAAGGAAAAGUUAACGAUGGAGCAGGAGCUGGUUGAUUUGAGUGAUUUUAUCGCUGCGCUUAAAAUAUAGGUGUGGUGCAAUAAAAUAUUUGUUAAACAAAA